GUCUGUUCUUUUCAGGACACUCAGUGCCCGUGCUUUCACUGUGUAGUUUUGUCAACAUUCAACUAUACGAUGGGGGAAACCGUCAGAACAAAGACGAAAUUAUUGACACACUUCUCUGCUGCAGCUACUGGGUGUAUUGUUUUUCCAGGGUGUCUUGGAGUAUUUCAACAUUUUGUAUUCCGGCCGUUGUGUUUAUCGUCAGCCAGCGGUCUGGCGUCUGCUUGCGGUCUUGUAUCGGUUUCCGGGUCGGGAAUGGUCGCUUCAGUAGCUGUAAUUGGAUCUUUUGCAGUCUGCAAACAAUUUAUGCAAACUGAAAUGACCGAUACAACUGAAAAUGAGCAGUUACCUGGCAUGAAGGACUGGUAUUCAAUGCCCAUAUAUGGUAUGAUAACUGUAGUGAUAUUUAAAUUAUUUGGUGGGAGAUUUAAGUCUGUAUUACCCAGUCAUCUUCUUAAACCAGGUGCCUUUGCUAGGGUCUCCUCAAGCGCAAGUCUUAGAUAUGCAGAUUCUGCUAAAAGAAAAGUAAUCCAGGGGUUAGGCAACCAAUAUGGCUGCCAUACCUGUGGUGCAUGGUUUAGAGUAUCCAAGUAUAUCGCUGAUCACCAACCGCCAUUGGCAAUAGUAUACAAUAAAAUUAAAUCUGGAGGACAGUUUCAAAAGCAGAAGUUCUUUCCACAUUGUUCUAAAUGUGCUGCUAAUCAAAUGAAGUGCAUUGUACAACAAAUAAAAGACAAGCACUGGUAACCCAUGCCACAUCACUCAGAAGAUAUCAUUUGUUUUUACCACUGCCAUUAUUACUGCCGCCAGAAAGUUUACAAUUUAUAUGGGACAUCUUGCCAUACAGCUGAAAGUUGUUUUUCUGAAUUUAGAAAAAAAGUUCUACACUGAGAAUAAAUAUUAAUAUUCCGGUCAACGUGGGCAUCAGUUAAAAACAUGUGCAUUCACAGAUUUUUUUGGCUUUUUGUCAGAAUUAUUCAAAAAAUUCAAAGAAAACUUUAGUUUUUAUUAUAAUUUAUAAUUCAUGUAAAAGCAAUAAUCUAAUGACAAUUUUGCAAUGAGAAUAAAAAGAUUUUCCACAAAUUGAUUUAAAAAAAACAAAAACAAU